GUGUGUGUGUGUUUAAUAUAAUAACAAAUAAAAUUUAAUUUAUGUUGAUUGGGUUAAUAUCUGAAAUGGAAAAUAGCGUCUUCGAGCGACGUCUACAUUGCGCAAACGCCCCCUGAGCCCACGAAACGACGACGGACCGUCGGGAAUCUGCGACGCCGGCGAUCCUCCUCCGCCACCGGCACUCUUUGGCCUUCAACCGCGGAGUCACUAAACCUUACUCGCCAUGGAUUCCGACCCUCAAACCCUAACCACCACCUUCGCCACCUCCGAUCCCCUCACUGCUCAAUUCGCCUCCCUCAACGAUCUCUGCCCUGAGCUCUCCUCCCUCCAAGACCUCGCUGUCCGCGGCUCGUGGCGGUCCAUCGUCGACAAGGUGGCUCGAGCCCGGAAGCUCUCUCUCCUCUCCCACCCCCACCACCACCUCGUCUACCUCUCCUUCGCCGUCGUCGCUCUCACCAAGCUCCGCCGCUACGACGCCGCUUUGGCAGAACUCGACUCCCUUGAAGACCUUGAUUCUGAUUCCUACAGGUACGACUCCUACCCCCAAAUUUACCCUAAUCGAACCGGUUCCAUGGUCCCAUUCUCUCUCCGGUGGCUCCAUGCCGAGAUUCCCAUAAAAUUGGGAAAACGACAAGAGACGCUAGAUCGGUUGUACAUUUUGCUUGAUUUUGUUCGAACGAAGUUGAAGGAGAAAGAAUUGAAUAGUUUGGAGGUGUCUGCCAAUGUGUGGAAAAAAAGGGAAGCUUUUGUGAUGAAUUCUAUAGUUGGUCAUCAUUUGAGUGCGAAAGAGUAUGUUGUGUGCUUGAGUUUGAUCAAGGAAUUGAUUGAUCGCGGUCAUUAUGAUGCGUCUUUGUUGGCGAAACUUGGGUAUGUGCAGAUGCAAAUUGGGGACUUGGAGGGGGCAAAGGCGUCGUUUGGGCGCAUUGAGGGGAUGGUGAAGGAGGGGAAGGGGGAUGAUUUGGGGUCUUUCAGUGAAAGUGAGUUGAAGAAUCUUGUGAAUCGGAACAAGGCAUUGAUUUAUUUGGUGGGGAAGGAUUAUGUGUCGGCAGUGAGGGAGUAUGAGGAAUGCAUAGAAAGGGAUGGUACUGAUAUGGUGGCGAUCAAUAACAAGGCAAUUUGCUUGAUGUAUUUGAGGGAUCUAUCAGAUUCGAUUAAGGUGUUGGAGAAUGCACUUGAAAGGGCGCCUACUGUGGCUUUGAACGAAACACUGGUAGUGAAUUUAUGUAGCAUGUAUGAGUUGGCUUAUGUUAAUCAUUCUGAUAUUAAGAGGACCUUGAGUAAUUGGAUUGCUCGAGUAGCUCCUGAUGAUUUUGAUUCCUCCUGUACUCGAAUAUGAGGUAUUUUUUUUUAGCUGUUUGUGCUUUUUCUUCUGUUUAUCUUGCACAUUGUUGGAAUAUUUUGGCACUGAUAGCUGGGCUUGAGCGUAGUGAGUUCAUGAUUGUGCAGAUUGAUUUCCAUUUCUUUUCUCAGAUAAUGAUAUUUCUUUUGUGACUAA